AUUUGAUUUCCUUUUAACUGAAUUGCAUUGAAAGCCUUCACAUCUCUAUAGCUAUCGUCACUGAAAUUCAUUACAUAAAUUUCAUUUGAAAUACAAAUCUGUGUUUUCAACUGUUUUUAAUUAAUCUCUUGUUUCUAAUUCUUUAACAUUUAUUCAGCGCUUGACUUAUUUCACAAUAGAUUUUGACUACUAUCAGAAAGAGACAAAACCAACACAUUUUGGACACGAAAUGCGAGACCAGGCAUACGAUAUCUGCAGGAAGUUCUUGAGCGGCGAAUGGAAUAAGAUCUCCAGUAAUGAUAUGGUCUUCAAGACUGUCAGCGGAGGACUGAGUAAUUACUUGUACUACUGCUCACUGCCGGCCACUCACACGCCUCUCAAUGGAGAGCCGAGUCAAGUGUUGCUCCGAAUGUAUGGCCAACUGCUGGACGGGAACGACACUAAAGGCCAAAACUGUACGGAAUAUUUCCCGGCGGAAGACUCGAGGAAUACAUUCCCACCAAUAGACAGUAUCUGUAAUGGAUGUGUGCUUUUAAGAGCAAUGUUUGCAGACAAACCCUGUCCUCCUGACAACUGGUGUCCCAAAAACCUAUCGUUUGUCUGCUCUUUUGCGGCCAAUCAUUAGGAUUGACAAAGUAGUGAGGAAUUCGAGAUAAUUGUCAUUUAAAUUGCAAUUUUUGUUUUCGUGAUUGAAGUUUUGUUUUAUAGUCUUUUCUUUUAUUUUCUCUUUUAUAACAUUAAUUGAACCAAAAAACUAAAGGCUCGAGC